AUGUUAACAAAAAAAAAAGAAAAUGAACAAUUAAUUGACAAACAAAAUUUAUCAUUGAAGAUCGUGAAAUCAACAGUAAAACCAAAAUCUCCAGCUGUAUCGAAUAGUCUACUGUUCAAAAAUAUUUAUCGUUCAAUACCACCAAUUCUUGUACAAAAUUCAUCAAAUACAUGCAAUAAAUCAAAAUUUCCAAAUAUUUAUUUUGGAAGUAUUAAUUUAACACAAACUAUUGCUGAAUAUGAUCAUUAUGAUAUGGAUAAAAUACGUAAGCUUGUACGCUAUUCAAAAACAAAUUCAGUUAAAAGGAUUAAUAUUAUGAGACAAUGA